GUUAUAAAUUAAAAUUAUAUAUAAUCUAUUCUGUGGUAUGUAAACAAAAAGUAAAUAGACAUAUUAUAUUGUAUAGUUUAUGCAAAAUAUAUGCUUAUUCCGUGAUCAUGGCCUACAAUACUUGACAAUAGUCACGUAUUUGAUAUUUAAUAUAAUAAAACUUUAAUUUGUCGACGAUCGGAAUUCAGUUACCUAUUCAAUAAUUAUAAUUAUCUUGUGGUGAGGAGAGAAGUCGAAAACAAAAACCAAUUCUUUUAGAAUCAAUUAAUUUCUAAAAUCAUAAUUUUUGUUUGAUAAUAAUAUUAAAUUGUUUAAUGCUAUAGAUUAAAAACUAUACACAAUGCCUUUGCCUCCAGCUCUGGUUAAAAAGUUGGCCACCCGUGGAAUACUCACCGAAAACGAAGCAAAGAAUAAUACAAAAGAAGUUGAAGAAGAAGUAAUUGCGGAAUGUUAUGAUGAUAUUGAUGAUACAAAUGAUAACUCUGGUUCAGAUUCACAAGAUAGUGAUGAAGAAAAUGAUAAACCAGAUCCUAAAAUAUUGGAUAAAUUUAAAGGUCAUCAUGGUUGUCCAAACAAGUCAAAUGUAUAUCAUGAGUGCACCAAAUUUUGUGAACAGCGGUGGAGAAAUGGUAUUAAACGACCAAGGAAUGGAUAUUUAAAGUCUAGAAAUGCUAUGUUAGAAAAGUUUCCUUUACCUAAAAAUUGGCAUGAAGUGUAUGAUCCUGGAACUGGCAGAUUUUAUUACUGGGAUGUAGUAAAUGAUUCAGUUUGCUGGUUACCACCUAGCCACCCUCGUUCAAUUGUUACUGAUUCUGUUGCACAAUUUCGAUUCGAACGCCAUGCUAUAAUGCAAAAUAUGGAUAAAAAGACUUCAGAUUCUGAGAGUAGUAGUGAUGAUAGUGAGGAUGAACGGCUAAAAAUUCAAAGGAAAAAAAAUCCUAUGCCACCACCUGUUCAAGAAAUCCGUGCCAAAGAAGUGAGAUAUGAUCGUGAACCAAAACGUAAAGAUCCUCCAAGAAGAUUAACAAAAGCCAAUGAUCUUGACCCAAUGGAUCCAGCUGCUUAUUCAGAUAUUUCCAGGGGUUCUUGGAGUGAUGGUCUAACUGUUGAAGCUAAGUCAGGGGUGGACACUACAGCCUCAGGACCACUAUUUCAAAUGCGACCAUACCCCAGUCCAGGCGCAGUUUUGCGAGCUACGUCGGGUCAAACUAAGCGUAAAUAAAAUAAGAAAAACUGUAUAUUGUCUUUAAUUUUUAUAUUUUACUUUACAUUUUCAAAUUCAAAUUAUAAAAUAAGACAAAUAAAUGCUAUAAUUAAUA